AUGUUUCUGAAACGCCCUCCCGAGCCCUUCCUCCCUCCCCUCCCAUCACUUUUCCCGCCGCCUUCGCGCUCUCCCUCCCGUCGCCUUCGCGCUCUCCCACCCGUCGCCUUUGCACUCUCCCUCCCGUCGCCUUCGCGCUCUCCCUCCCGUCGCCUGUCCGCACUCCCUCCCGUCGCCUUCGCGCUCUCCCUCCCGUCGCCUUUGCGCUCUCCCUCCCAUCGCCUUCGCGCUCUCCCUCUCCUCGCCUUCGCGCUCUCCCUCGCGUCGCCUUUCCGCUCUCCCUCUGUCGCCUGUCCGCUCUCCCUUUCGUUGGCUGUCCGCUCUCCCUCCCGUCGCCUCCGCGCUCUCCCUCCCGUCUCCUUUGCGCUCUCCCUCCCGUCGCCUUUCUCCUUCCCCACUUCAUUAUCUCCCCUCCCUUCUCCCAAGCACCACACGCUCUCCACUCCCCUCGCCAUUGCGCUCACGUUCCGUCAUCUUCGCAUCCCCUUCGCGCUCACGGCAUCCCCUCCGAUCACGUCUCGCGCCAUCAUCCAAGUCAGCAAGCACGCCGCGCACCGUCGCUAUCUCCGAUCACGUCUCGCGCCGAGUUAUCUCCCGCCCUCACCCCGUCGCGCUAGCUAUCUCCCCCCCCUCUCCCCGUCGCGCUCGCUAUCUCCCACUCGAACUCGUAGCGAUCCCCCAUUUCCAGUCGCCUAUGCGAUCCCCUCCCUUUGCCGUCGCCCGCAAUCGCCCCUUGUUGUACGGUAA